CAGGAGAAUUUACUCUGUGGCACAGUGACUUGGACAUGCACUGUCUGCAGCUUUUCAUUUUCAGCUUUGGCACUGUAGACUGCUUGUGAACAGGACACAGUUUGAUCUUUGCAGUUUAUUUGAAAUUGCUAAUAUACAAUUUGCUAGGUGUGGCAAUUUUGAAUAAUUUGGCAUUUCACAGAAGAUUGACUUGAUUUAAAAGCUAAGGGACUUUCCAAAGUUUGCCUUCUGUGCUUGCACUCAUUUUCAACAACUACAAAGCUUCAGUCAUGGUCUGUCUCUAUCCUUAUGUUUCCAUUAUUGCUUGUCUUCUCUUUGCCUUAAAGUUCUGUGCCUCUGACAGCUAUGUUGCAGCAGUGUAUGAGCAUGUUGUUAUAUUGCCAGAGCACACUGACAUUCCUGUUUCUCCUGAAGAGGCUUUGGCAUUGAUGAACAGAAAUAUGGAUGUUUUGGAAACAGCCAUCAAAGCAGCAGCACAGCAGGGGGCACAUAUCAUUGUAACUCCUGAAGAUGCUGUUUAUGGCUGGCAUUUCAAAAGAGAAACCAUUUACCCCUUUCUGGAAGAUAUCCCAGAUCCACAGGUGAACUGGAUUCCAUGCACAGCCCCUGAAAGAUUUGGUCCUGCCCCAGUGCAGGAAAGGCUCAGCUGCAUGGCAAGGAACAACUCCAUCUAUGUGGUUGCCAAUAUUGGGGACAAGAAGGCCUGCAAUUCCAGUGUUCCCCAGUGCCCCAGAGAUGGUCACUAUCAGUACAAUACUGAUGUUGUCUUUGAUUCAGAAGGGAAGCUGGUGGCACGAUACCAUAAGUAUAACCUCUUUAUGAUGGAAACACAGUUUGAUUACCCCAAAGAGCCAGAGGUGGUCACAUUUGACACCCCGUUUGGAAAAUUUGGCAUAUUCACAUGCUUCGACAUCCUUUUCCAUGACCCAGCUGUGAUCCUAGUGAGCAAGUUACAAGUGGAUACUGUGCUGUUCCCAACUGCCUGGAUUAACGUUCUACCACAUUUAACUGCUAUUGAAUUCCACUCCGCCUGGGCGAUGGGUAUGCAGGUCAACUUCCUUGCAGCAAAUACACAUAACAUCAGCAUGGAGAUGACAGGAAGUGGUAUUUAUGCACCAGAUGGACCCAGAGCAUUUCAUUACAAUAUGGAAACAGACGAUGGUCACCUCCUAGUUGCAGAAUUGGAUUCACAUCCUUGUCUCUCUGCCACCCCCCCUGCUACUGUCAGUUGGAGCUCAUAUGCCACAAGCAUCAAACAAUUCUCCUGUGAUGAACAUGACUUUCAAGGAUUCAUUUUCUUUGAUCUCUUCACCUUCACUGAGCUCACCACACCUGAAGGAAAUAGCACAGUUUGCCAAAAAGACCUCUGCUGCCAUUUGAGCUACAGAAUGGCAGAGAAACGAGAAGAUGAGAUAUACGUGCUAGGUGCUUUUGAUGGGCUUCAUGUGAUUGAAGGAAAAUACUAUUUGCAGAUAUGCACGCUGUUGAAAUGUAAGAACUCGGACUUGAAAACUUGUGGGCAGCCAGUGGCUACUGCUCAGACAAGGUUUGAGGCGUUUUCUCUCAGUGGCACAUUUGGCACUAGAUAUGUCUUUCCGGAGGUCUUGCUCAGUGGGGUUCAACUAGCACCAGGAAAAUUUCAGGUGUUAAGCGAUGGGCGUUUGGUUAGUCGGCAUGGAAUAUCUGAACCAGUCAUCACAGUGACACUUUUUGGGAGGUGGUAUGAAAAGGAUCCCCCACAACCAUAGCAAGCUUCCCUAUAUGGCUAUAGUUGAGGCUAUCUACCAUUACAGUCUUGUCAGAAUAAGUUUCUCUCUUAAUGCUUUAACCAUUCCUAUAUUGCUUGUUUCCUAUCACGAAAACUUCUAAUUGUGUUUUGUUUGAUAAGUAUAAACAUUAUAUUUCUUUGCUAUUAUGUA